AAAACAUGAGAAUUGACAAACACAAACACAAAGAAUGAUUGUAACUUUUGGUUGUGUCGUGGACGCGGAGGACAUCGAUCUCGAUCAUCAUAGAUUCUGACUCCAAUCUUCAACGCUAACCUCCCAAUUUCCUCUUCUUGAUCUGCAAAUUCCUCGAGGGAAAAGGAAAAACAAUCCAUACCCCUUUUUUGAUCCACUCGUGUUGUAGCUGAAUUCCGAAGAUGCGAGGACCAACAACCCAGAAAGCAUAGAGAGGAUAAAAGGCGAAGAUAGUGCUAACCCAAAACCAAAGAUUCGAUUUUAGAGCGUGAGAGAUAAUGGGGUCUGGAGAAACUGCAGCUUCUUCGUCUGGAACCACUAACAUGUCUGGCUCAGGGCUUCACAAGAAGCACCAAUUGGAGCUAGAAAAUUUGACACUAACCACACAACCCUUCAAAACACUAAAAUUCUUCACAUUUUCCGUUAUUCAAUACUUGAAGAAAACUGCAUUUUAUCUGUUGGGAAAAGGUGGAUGGCUUCUGCUUUUAAGUUUUGUGGUAGGGGCUCUUGGCAUAAUGCUGAUCACCUUUGAUGGUCCUCAUGAAAAGCAUCUUGAGGAGCUGCUUAAAUAUUUCCGCUUUGGACUUUGGUGGGUCGUCCUUGGAAUUGCAUCUUCAAUUGGUCUUGGAUCUGGUUUGCAUACUUUUGUUCUAUACUUGGGUCCCCACAUAGCAUUCUUUACAUUGAAAGCCAUGCAAUGUGGGCGAGUUGAUUUGAAAAGUGCUCCAUAUGAUACAAUACAGUUAGAUAGAGGUCCUUCUUGGCUUGAUAAAGACUGCUCCCAAUUUGGGCCACCGUUGUUAGAAUAUAGUUCACACAUUCCACUCAGCAGUAUUUUGAGUCAAGUUGUGCUGGAGGCUGUUCUAUGGGGUAUGGGAACAGCUAUUGGAGAGCUUCCUCCUUACUUUAUCUCCAGGGCAGCACGCUUGUCUGGUAGCAAAUUGGAUUCAAUUGAAGAAUUGGAUACUGAAAACAAUGGAAUCAUGGCAACCUACGUUAACAAGAUCAAGCGUUGGUUUCUAUCUCACACUCAGCAUUUGAAUUUUUUAACCAUUAUGGCGCUUGCUUCGGUUCCAAAUCCUCUAUUUGACCUUGCCGGUAUCAUGUGUGGACAAUUUGGCAUUCCAUUUUGGAAGUUCUUUCUUGCCACUUUCAUCGGAAAGGCAAUUAUUAAAACUCACAUACAGACGGUAUUUAUCAUCUCAGUUUGCAAUAAUCAGCUCCUUAACUGGAUAGAGAAUGAAUUUAUCUGGGUUCUCGGCCAUAUACCUGGUUUUGAAUCUAUCUUGCCGUCUUUGAUUGCUAAGCUCCAUGCUGCUAAAGAUAAGUAUCUCAAAGCAUCCCAUCCAGUUUCCCCAAAUAUCCAGGGGAAAAAAUGGGAUUUCUCAAUUGCUUCAGUGUGGAACACUGUGGUGUGGCUUAUGCUUAUGAACUUCUUUGUCAAGAUAGUGAAUUCAACUGCUCAGAGUUAUGUGAAGAAACAGCAGGAGAAAGAGCUAGCUGCAUCAACAGAAUAGAAUGUUCAUGUUCUGCUUGCACAUUGCUUUGUUUUUUUUAAGCUACUCUUGCAAGCAGAAAUGUUGAACUUACUGCUCUUCCUGUGAAAGUGAAAUUUACUCAUUGAAUUAGAGUUAGAGGUCUUGUUAGGAGCGCUUCUAUAGGCAUCAAUAUACGAACACAAUAGGUAACAUAAGCUGUGACUUUCAUUUUAGGCAACAAUUAUUUGGGAUGGCUCAUAGAUUUUUAACCACACUAUUGCUGUUUACCAUGGAAUUACUCUAAUCCUACUAUUCUUUUGGAAUUGCAAAACUAUUUGCUUUUUUUUAUGAGUA